GUUAGGUUUGUAGGGCUCCAAGAAAGAAGAAGGGUUGCUACGCUGCUCACAUUUCAAGAGAUUCAGAGCCAUGUUGGACAGAUACGAGUAUUCCGAUAGGAGAAACUCAGGUUGUACAAGGACAAGCUAUAACGCCAUUGGUUGAUCAUGUGCAAAGUAUGCCUGGGGUGACGACCCAGCCAACCCAGCUCCCCACCUCGUCUACCCAGCCUCACCUGCUUCCUAACGCAGCACCAACCUCAGUUGUGGUCAAGAAGCGUGCGCGAGGCCCAACUCGAGGGAAGAAUAUGGACAAGGUUAGGAAAGAACUUGGUCAUCCUAUACCUGUUGAAAUUGACCGUGUGGCUCGGAAACUAGUAGGGGAUCAUUCCACUGCAGUGGCGGCUGCCCUUGGGGAACAAAUAAGAGAUCAUGCACCUGUUCGAGACAUUCGUUGGAAAGCGAUUGAUUUUGGGAUCAAAGAAUCCAUCGUUGUUAGAGUUGGGCAAACUUUUGACAUUGGAGACUACAAGAAUGAUAUGGAGGCUAGGGAAACCAUAGACCUAAAGUGUCAGGAUUUAUACAAGGAAUGGAAGAGCAACUUGUGCAAACGCUAUUUUGCCAUGAAAAAUAAGGUAGCUGACCCCAAAAAUCAUGCACCAUAUCCCUGUAAACUAGAGGACUGGGUGUUCAUGAUUGAGAAUGUGUGGGAGACCAAGGACUGGAAGACGAAGUCCGACAGAGGAAAGCAUGCCCGAUCCAAGGUGAAAUUCAAUCAUACAAGUGGCUCCAGAUCGUUUAUAUCGCGAGCUUCUAUGAUUCUAAAAGAGAAGCGUAAAAAACAGAACAUUGCGGAGAAGUUCGAGAUGACCCAUAGACGUCAUCGACAUGGGGGAGAGUGGAUAAACGACAAGGCUCGAGAGCAUCAUGCUAAAUUAAAAGCAAAGCUAAAAGAACAAUCACAACCCAAUGUCACUAAUCCUUCAUCCGAGCGACAAAUUUCCGUUGAUGUGCUUGGAAAAAGGUCAAUUUAUGUGAAGGAAUACAGGAGCCGCAUGAGUACUAUUUCAUCGUUCAAUCAACCUCAAGAACCUGAUCCCGAGGCGUCUCUUCUACAGAGGAAGGUUGACGAUCAAGCUAAGACCUUGACUAAGCAUUCUCGGACAAUGACAGUAGUUCAAGGCCUUCUUCAGGUGUUGGCUGUAAAAGCAGGGGUUGAUCCAGCCCAAGUUCAAGAGGUAAUCGAUGGGUGCAAUAGUGAGGCAAGCACAUCAGAUGAAGAGGCUGAUGCGGUGGGCAACUCAGACGAAUUAAACACAUUAGAUGAAGAGGAUGAUGAGGCGAGCAUAUCAAGUGAAGAGGAUGAUGCAACUUCUACUGGAUAAGUUAAUGGUUGAUGAUGCAUUGGUUUGGCAAGGCAAUGCGAUGGAAUCACUUAAUAUUUUUCGGAUCAUUUUUUUUUAUAAUAGAUUUAUUGGUAGGAUACUUGGAUAUGGUAGACUUGGUAAAUUACUCUUGGAUAUUGAAAUGUAUUGACAAAGUUCCUUUUUGGAUAUUUUAGAAUGUUAGUUACUUUUGGGAUGUACUUGGAUACAUAUGGGAUUGAUUUUGUUGAAAUUUGAUAACAGAUUCUAU